GGAAAUUAACCUAUUCAGAUCAUAAGAUCAAUUUGGACUUAUCAAAUUUGAUACUGAUGGAAAUUUUGAAAGUUUCUGUAUCGGUACACGUUGUUUUGCUAAUCCUUGUAAUUUUUUCAGCUUUUAAGGUGCUAAAUGGUCAAAUAAACACGGCGUGUACAAGUUCAAUAUUUCGUACUUUCACCCCUUGUUUUAAUUACCUGACUGGAAGCAGUGGCAAUGGCUCUUCACCAACUGAAGAUUGCUGCAAUUCACUUAAAUCAUCAAUGAGUGAUAGCAUAGAUUGUGUAUGUCUCAUAGUUACUGGAAAUGUUCCUGUUUCCAUACCAUUUAUUCGAACUUUGGCACUUUCACUUCCUCAAGCAUGUAAUACUGGUGUGCCAGUCCAGUGUAGUGCCUCAGGGGUUCCGCUUCCACCUCCAGGUCCGGCCUUGUUUGCGCCACCACCUGCUCCUCCUCCUCCUCACCACCGUCAUGCUCCUGCUCAUCCUCCUCGUCAUCAACAUGCUGCUGCUUUUCCUCCAGCUCUUGCUCCUCGUAGUCAACGAGUUGCUAAAGCAUCGGCAGCACCAACAGAAGUUGAUCCACCUGUUGCAGCACCAAUUGUAGAAGGAACUCCAGCUACUGCUGAUGUUGAAAAACCCACAACAUCUCCACCAAAAUCAUCAUUAGUACCAAACACAACUCCUGCAGGGAUCAGACCAGUGCUUCAAAAUCCCCGCCCCAACACUUCAGCCGCUAUUCCAUCUUAUUAUAUUUCCUCAAGCCUGCAAUCUCUUAGUCUAAUGCUUAUUGCAGUUGUAGUUUUAUUUAUUGACAAAUCAAUGUAUUAGAACCAAAUCUGGUCCCUUUGUUUAGGGUCAUCUUGCAUACACUGGAAUUUUUGUAAGCGGCCAUUCAAGUCGUUAUAUGCAUAUGUCAGAAAAGUUUUAUCAAGAAAAUUUCUACAUUAUGAUCAUAAAGACAAAAAAAACAAGAAAAGUGAU